AUGAAGCUUUCUUCGAUUUUUUCCGUCCUUCUUGUCGCGACCUCUGUCGCCAUGGUCGUUGCCCAGGGCAAUGGCAAUGGCGGCGGUAACGGCGUCGGCAACACCAUGAAACUGGAACAUAUCCGAACCAUCGAAGGAUAUGACCGUGACGACGACCUUGGGGCCGCACACACACCGCUUCGCCGCCUCUCCAGUGUCAACUAUCAAGACGAUAUCGGCGAGAUGAUUGAGGGUCGCAACCCUCGCAACAUCUCGAAUGCUGUCUGCCGUGACCCCUCUGGGUCUGGCAACACAUUCAAUGCUCGUGGUAUGUCAGACAUGGUCUGGGCCUGGGGACAAUUCAUCGAUCACGAUAUUGAUUUGACGGAACCAGCGUCCAGCUUUGGCAGUAUAGCUGUCGAGAUUCCUGCUACCGAUGGAGAUGUCUUUUCUGAGGCUGGCUGUGCUGAAAUGGUGGUCACCCGGUCUGAGUUUGUGGAGUCUCCUCGUCAACAAGUCAAUUUGAUCACAUCUUGUCUUGAUGCAAGUGGCGUCUACGGCUCUGAACCCCACCGUGCUGAUUUGUUGCGCACUAAAGUGGAUGGAAAACUCAAGACCAGUGCAGGUGGCCUGCUUUUGCCCUACAAUGAAUAUGAAGAAGACAAUGCUGGAGGCACUGGCAACAACUUGUUUCUCGCAGGCGACAUUCGCGCAAACGAGCAGAUUGGCCUCACAGCUAUGCACACCCUCUUUGUUCGAGAGCACAACCGCCUUGCCGACAAGAUCAAGCAGCACUUCAAGGAUGCAUCUGAUGAAGAGAUCUAUCAGCUUGCUCGAAAGCUUGUUGGAGCAGAGAUUCAGAAGAUCACUUAUACUGAGUUCCUUCCAGCCCUCUUGGGUGACAUGGCACCAUCUCUUGAUGACUACGAUGGCUAUGAUCCAUCCUAUGAUCCAAGCAUCUUCAAUGAGUUCUCGACUGUAGCCUAUCGCUUUGGUCACAGCAUGAUUUCUGGCGACCUGGCAUUGGCAACUCAGAGUGGCAUUACUCAAACAGUACGACUCAAGGACCACUUCUUCCUCCCUAGCUUCUACGAGGAAGACGCCAGCCGAAUUGACAUGGUCAUUGCAGGUCUUACCAAGAAUGUUGCACAGGAAAUCGACAACAAGAUUGUGGAGGAUGUCCGCUCAUUCCUUUUUGAUGCUCCAACUGAUAGUGUUUGCCUUGAUCUUGCCGGCCUCAACAUCAUGCGUGCUCGUGAUCACGGCCUUCCCAAGUACAAUGAAAUGCGGGAGGCUCUUGGCUUGGGUCGAGUGGACUCCUUUUCUCAGGUAACCUCUGACACCACUCUCCAGGAAGAGCUUGCCUCGGUGUAUGAGAGUGUAGAUGAGAUUGACCCUUGGGUUGGAGCAUUGGCAGAGGACCAUGUUGGAGGAGGCAACCUGGGACAGCUUGCUAGUUUCAUCAUCUCCAAGCAGUUUGAGCAUCUCAUGAGGGGCGACCCCCUAUUCUACCUCAUUGAUCCGGACCUUGCAGCUAUCCAAAAUUUGAAUGGCAUCUUGAAUCUCAAAACCCUCAACUUUGCCGAGGUGAUCCGCCAGAAUACCUUUCUUUCAAACAUCAAUGCCGACAAUGUCUUCUUUGUUUGA